AUGGGUGCAAUCCACGGAAUAGGACUUGCAAAAGCAUAUGGCCUACAUAAUCGGAAUUGCCAGAAAACGUUAGAAUGUCUGCGAGAUGGAAGCUUCUUACCUAUUACCACGGCGCGAUUGGAUGCAGCGCUCAAGUGCGAUUAUGAAUAUCCUUUCAGAGGUGCCAGUAUUGAAGACAGCACCGUCCAGUCUCCAGUCGUGGCCCGUCCAGGUGUUGUCAUGCUCGUUGUCAUGCUCGACAGCUAA